AUGGACUUAAAUAAGUUAGUCCAUCAAAAUCAAACAAUAAAAAUCAUACCAUCGUUAGAAGAUUCUCUACGAGGACUUGGCCUUAAUAGCGAUCUAGAUGAAGAAACUGAGAUUUGGUUUAAUCAAUUGAAAAUCAAAUGGAAAACAUGGAAGAAAAGUCCGACGAUUGAGCGUCAUUUUGACUCAUUUUUUCAGUUCUGUCAAGAUCCAUUCAGAGUUGCCCUAGUAUGCAUUGUCAAAUGUGAUGAACCAAAAGAUCGUAAGCCUAAAUCUCUCUCUUAUUGCAUACUUGAAAUUCUAUAUAAAUGGUCCCAGACAUAUGGUAGACUACCUGAAGAGACCCUGAAACUUCCAGCAUACAAUAUAGCAACACAACAGAGAAAUCAACAUUUUCUUAAUUUAGCUGUUAAAACUUAUCAAUUGUAUACUAUAAAAGAGACUGUACUCCCCCUAGUAAAAAAUAUGAUAAGGAAUGAUAAUUGCAAACAAGCAUCACAAAUUGUAAUAGCAAUGGAACUUUUUGAUGACAUUCCUGUUGAAGAUUUACUGUUUCCAUUGGUUUUGCAAGAUACACCAAACCUAAUUGAUGAAUAUUUAUCAGAAUCUCCAAAUCAAAUUCAACCUUUUUUAUUAUUUUUAGAUAGACUGUUAGACAAAAAUUUUAGUAUAAGAGAUUAUGCUCAAAAAUUUAUUGAAGAAAAUAACAUUUAUAAUGUUAAAUAUGAUAAAAUUCAUUAUAAACCUCUGGGAAAACUAGUUGCUCGGCUUUGUAAUAAAUUUAACGUUCCUAUAGAAUCAUGUAAAAACUUGAGUAAGAAUCGCACAACAGGAGGACUGAGGUAUUUAAUUCAUCAGCGAUAUGUUGAACACAACUUGAGCCCCUCAGUUUGGGAUGAUUUGGUAAAAGAUUCUUUGAAGCAAAGUACUGAAUGUGCUAAAGAAUUUGUUGAUAUGUUAGCAAUGCAUGAUAUUAAUGAAUCACUUAAGUGGUCUUCAUAUUUUGAAAUAUCAAACGAUUGUCUUCCUCAAGCUCUUCAGAAUUUAACACUCAGAACUAUUAUAGACUUCCAAUAUCAGAAGAAAAAUAUUAUUAUUAUUGACACAGCAGAAAAUUUUGAUGAAUUAAUCUUAAAGUUGGCGAAAUGUCCUCUUAUCAGCUUUGAUUGUGAGUGGAAACCAUCAUUUGGUGCUGCAAAAUCUCGAAUGGCUCUCAUUCAAAUUGGUACAUUUGAUCAUGUUUAUCUUAUUGACACUCUAAUAUUAAACAACAAGCAAUACAUGGGUAGUUGGUGCAGGUUUAAUAAAUGUGUAUUAGAUAAUGCAGAAAUAAUAAAAUUGGGUUUUGGAGUUGAACAAGAUUUGAAUGAAAUGAAGUCUUUAAUUAUUGGUUUAAAUAAUAUCAAGGUUAAAGGUGAAGGGCUUUUAGAUUUAGGUUUACUAUGGAAAAAUCUCGUCAAAUGUGGUUUGUCAUUGCCAAGUAACAGUGAUAAUGGAGGUAACAGUCUCAGUUCUUUGGUCCAAACUUGCUUUGGAUUGCCUUUGGAAAAGUCUGAACAAUGUUCAAAUUGGGAGUUAAGGCCCUUAAGAAAUACUCAGAUUCACUAUGCCGCUUUGGAUGCUUUUGUUUUGUUAGAAGUAUAUAAAUACCUUCAAAAUCUUUGUGUAGAACAACAUAUUAAUUUCGAGGAAAUUUGUAAUGACGUAAUGUUGGAUAGAAAACUAAAGUGUCCAAAAAAGAAUAAAGUUAUUGAUUGUUUGCAAAAAACAAAAAAUGUAAUGGUGAGAACUCCUAUGGAUAUUAAAAUUCUUCUCGAACAUGACAAUGCACAUUUACGAUAUUAUCUAAGAUACUGUGGUAUUGACACUACUAUUACUACUUCCCAUAUGUUAUGGCAUGAUACUGUUAAUUUAGCAAUAUCUGAAAAUCGUUUAAUAUUGACUUCUAAAUUGAAGUUUUCACCAUCUAGUAGAUUUUCACAAAACUUUAUCUUAGAUAUAGGUAAAGGAAGCAUCAAGGAUCAAUUAUUAAAAAUUCUUAAACAUUUUAAUGUUGGCCUUCAAAAGAAUUAUAUUUUGACAAGAUGUAUAGAGUGCAAUUCUACAGAUGUAAAAUAUUUCUCUAUUAAUGAUCUCAAAGAUAUUUGUAAAAAAUAUGAUAUGGGUAGCAACAAACCUUCUGAUCAGAUCAGAAGGAAUGCUAGUGACAAUGAAGAUGAUAAUGAUUAUGCUGAAAACUUUCUCAGUGAUUCAGAAGGGGAAGACAUCCAUUUAUAUAAACCAUUUCCAACACAGGACAAAUGGUAUACAUCAAGCAGUGGAGCUAAAAUUAAUAUAAAUCAGAUUGAAAAGCUAUGUGCUUCCAAUAAAACUGCUCAUAUUUGUGAAAAUUGUGGAAAAUUAUAUUGUGAUGAAGAGCCAUUACUUAAAUCAAUACAUGAAGUUAUCAUGUCUAUAACAAAUUUUAAUUAG